GCUCACAACUUAAAAAUGCGCCUGAAGCUGCGGCGUUACUGCCGUCGGCUGACUUCUUGAUGAAUUUUCUUCAAGUUUUCUCGUCCCUCAGAAAAUGAUCAAAACUUUUCCCAGAAAUGAUCGAGCAGACAGACCAGGCAAAAGCUACAAUUUUUAUCUUAUUUCUCCGUUCUAUCCAAAAGUUUACAUAGCUGCCCCGCGAAAACGAUAGCUCCAAUCAUUUAUCGUCAUCAUCCUUAUUCCUCCCGUACAGCGUAAAGCUAUUCCGAGUUCCGACACACAUUUCUGUCUUCUCUGACAUCUCUCUGGGUUUUCGGUUUCGUCAUCCAUCUUCCUGAGUUGCUUUUAAUCAGCUUAGGAACUGGAUUUGGACCUUUACAGUUGAAUAUGGAGCUAGUUCCUUACGCAGACCCCAAUUCCACCUCCCCAGCAUGGCAGGACAUGUUCCGAUCCGCAUCCAUCAGGAAGCCAUCCUCAACUCCUACAUCCCAAGCGCCGACGCAGCAAUCAAACGCGCCACCGAAAGCCGACGACCCAGAACGGAAAUCCACACUCCCAGGCGAUCCCCAGGUGCGCCUUGCCCUCUACAUAGCCAUGGCCCACGCUGGGCUUGCCUUCGCCAUUUUUAUACUAUACACUGUGUGUAAGCUCUUGGAAGAAUAUCUUCGACCCCUUCAGUGGGCUGUGCUGUGCUCUAUUCCUCUGAGAGGAAUUCAGCAAACCCUCGUUGCAUUUUGGUCUGAACCCUUGAAUUUAGGCCUUACAGAGACUGUACUCGCAAUUCCCGUUGCUAUAUUUGGGGUUUUUGUCGGAACCCUUGUUGAAAUUCGCGAAGCACUUUUCAGGUUUCUUCUUAGAAAACCUAAAUCUGAGACUCCAAGAAGGAAGCGAAGCGGGUUUUCCACUAUACUUCGUUUGCUAUUGUCCUUUGAGAUAUUCAUAAUUGCAUAUGAGAUACUUGGGAGUUUUGGGUCUUUAUCGCUUCUGGGAUUAGCCUUUGUUUUUAGCUCUAGAAGUAUAAAUUCGACUAUGUCGACAUUGUCUUCCUUUAGGAGUAAUAGCUUCAGGCGCAGUAAGAUUAGUGCUUUUUUCACUCGAGGAAUUCUAAAAAGAUUGAAAACCAUUGUGGCAGUUGGAUUAAUUAUUGGUAUGAUUAUGGGGUUUUUGGUUGGUGUGAUAUUCUUUUCUUAUAAGAUCGGAGUUGAAGGGAAAGAUGCUGUGAUUUCGCUGAAAUUACAUGUAGAGAAGAGCAAUUAUGCUGAGAAAUUUGGUGUGAAGCAGUGGAUGGAUGAGAAUGAUGUUCCUGGCAUGGUAGACAAGUAUACUGCCAAGUUAUAUGAGACAGUAUUUGAUCAGAUAGAUGGCUUGGCUAUACAAUAUAAUAUGACCGAAUUUGUGACUGGCAUUAAGCAUUUUGUGACUAAUGCACCUGUUAACUCUUCAGAACCUUCAACGUCUUUAAUGGCUCCGUCACGAUACACUGAAAAGCUCUUGAGCUUGAAAAGCCGGAUUAGAAACCGGGAGUGGAGUCAUAUUUAUGCAGAACUGGAUACCAUUUUUAGAGAAGUUAUAAUUACUCGUGAGGAUUUAAUCGUGAAGGCAAAAGGAUAUGCAGUUAAAGGAAUGGAAGUAUUUCAAGGUGUUUUUGCUAGUAGUAGAACUGUGCUCGGCAGUGGUGCAAAAUUCAUGUUCUCCAUUGUGAAUUCUGUAAUUUCUGGAGCUGCUGAGGUUUUCAACUUUGUAUCGCAGUCGGUGGUUUUUUUCUGGGUUUUAUAUUAUCUCAUCACAUCAGAAUCUGGAGGAGUAACACAGCAAGUGAUUUAUAUGUUUCCGAUUUCUAGCUCAGCUAGGGUCAGAUGUGUUGAAGUUCUGGACAAAGCUAUUUCUGGAGUCCUUUUGGCCACAGCUGAGAUUGCAUUUUUUCAAGGAUGUCUCACUUGGCUCCUAUUUAGGCUAUACAAAAUACAUUUUCUGUACAUGUCAACCGUACUUGCCUUCAUCAGUCCUCUGCUACCGAUAUUUCCAUCAUGGCUCGCAACAAUUCCAGCAGCCACGCAACUAUUGCUGGAAGGAAGAUACAUAGUGGCCAUUCUCUUGUCUGUGAUUCACCUUGUCCUAAUGGACUAUGGUGCAUCAGAAAUUCUGGAAGAUGUUCCUGGGAAUAGUGCAUACCUUACUGGUCUCAGCAUCAUUGGUGGAAUGACCUUAUUCCCUUCCGCUCUCGAGGGUGCUAUAAUGGGGCCACUGAUAACUACAGUGAUGAUUGCUCUAAAGGAUUUAUAUGUGGAAUUUGUUUUGGUGGAACCAGAGGAGAAGAUGAACCAGCAGAAAGAAAGCUAAGCAUGGGAUGUGUCCACAGAUCAGUAAUAUGAAGCCUGUAAGCUGAUGAUUUGUUCAUAACUGCAUUGUUGUCUGUAUCAUUAGGCUCUUUAUUCUUAUAUUUGAGUUGAAAAGUAGGGGCUUAAGGCUUUCUCUAUUACUUUCUUGCGAUCCAUUCUUGUGAAUUUCUUAAAGUGAGUAUAGUUGUAAAUUGAUUCAUGCGUUUCAUACCUGGAAGGAUGAUUUUGAAUAGUAGUACAAAAGCACUAGCAAAGAGAAAAUUGAGUGUAAACUUUUUUUUUUUUUUUGGGUGAAAUUUAGUGUAAACUUAGUUAGAAAAUUGAGACCAUAAAUUUUUAGUUGUACUUUUUAUUGGAUUAAACUGUUGAGAUGGGUUUCUU